CAAAAUGAAAAAGAAUUAGAACUUUUUUCCCAAGGUGGGUCUGUCUGGCUAGCUACGCAAUCGAAAGCUGGUCCCAAGAAUUUACAGUCAGGGACGAACACCUGCUUGCUUAAGCACAGAGAAAGCCUUCAAGUACCACACCAACUCAACUCAACUCAACUCAACUCAACUCUAAUCUCGCAUCUUAUUCUCCCUCCCGAUCCCAGAACGAACCAACCACUCAAACCACAGAAGAAACAACUACACAAUUUCCCAUGGUCUUUCAAGGUUCAACUCCAUGACCGCUCGUUGAUUCCAACUUCCCAAACAACACGUUGCUAGACCCUUGUCAGACCAUUUCGCCGCAUAACAAACCCGUCUUCAAGUCUCCCUCUACACAUGAAAUGUUAUAUAAAUAAACCAAUUCAUAAAGAUCUGCCAUGAAAUUUCCCUUCCUUUACUUACAACUACUGGUCCAUUCUUCAAUUAGUUAACUAACUCGGUUGAAUUUCCAUUUUAAGUGUGUUUCUAGAUUCUAAUAUGACUGGUAAUGACCAAGCUUCUGGUUCUAGUCACAACAUUAGGGGUUUAAUCGCCAACGCCGGUGCCGGUGCCGCCGCGGGGGCAAUAGCGGCUACAUUUGUGUGUCCGUUGGAUGUGAUCAAGACUAGGCUACAAGUUCAUGGCCUUCCUCCUUCGCAGAAAGGUAGUAUCAUUGUCUCGAGCUUGCAGAAUAUAGUGAGGGCUGAAGGCUUCAGGGGAAUGUACCGUGGCCUUUCACCAACAAUACUAGCAUUACUUCCUAACUGGGCAGUUUACUUCACAGUUUAUGAUCAACUAAAGGGCCGGCUUCGUUCACGUGAUGGUUGUAACGAACUCACAACUAUUGGAAAUAUUAUAGCUGCUGCUGGUGCUGGGGUGGCAACAGCAAUUUCUACAAAUCCAUUGUGGGUUGUUAAGACAAGACUCCAAACACAAGGAAUGAGGUCUGAUGUUGUUCCUUACAAGAGCGUUCUUUCUGCUUUGACAAGGAUUGCACAUGAGGAAGGCGUGCGAGGACUAUAUAGUGGCAUUUUACCUUCAUUGGCUGGCGUAAGUCAUGUUGCAAUUCAAUUCCCAGCAUAUGAAAAGAUCAAAUUAUACAUGGCAGAAAAAGAUAACACAACUGUUGACAAGCUAAGUCCUGGAAAUGUUGCAAUCGCGUCAUCAAUUUCAAAAAUAACUGCCUCUUUAUUGACUUAUCCACAUGAGGUAAUACGUUCCAGGCUCCAAGAGCAAGGCAUAGCCAAAAAUAACGGGGUCCACUACGCAGGGGUUAUUGAUUGUACUAAGAAGGUGUUUCAAAAGGAAGGCAUUCGAGGCUUCUAUCGCGGUUGCGCAACCAAUCUAUUGAGAACAACUCCAUCUGCAGUUAUUACAUUCACCAGUUAUGAGAUGAUACACAGGUUUUUGGAUAGGGCUAUACCUAAGGACAAGGGGUCUCCACAAGGAAGUUCUAAAUCGAGUGAACUUAACAAGCCCCGGCAAGAAGCCGGUGACACUAACAUAAAAAAUGGCACUGAUAGGGGACAUUCACCUUCUCUCAGACUAACAUGAAAUCUUGAGCAAUUCCUCUUGGAAACAAGGAGCAGCUAACAGGACAUUGAUUCGCUAUAAUCUUUUUUUUAUUGUCUUCUCUUUCAUUUAAUUUAUAAGUAGGUAUCUCUGAAUUUUGUUCUUCUGUGAGGCAUGUAUUUGCUCGGCUUUACCGGAAUUGUGAAUUGUAUUAGCGUAAUAAUAAAAUAGACAGAAGUUACUAAGGCCAUGUUCUUAGGUAGAAUAGAAUGGAGUUAAAAAGGGAGCAUUUCCAUUUGGCUUUGAAA